CGUGCAGCGAUUGCGCAAUCGGCUCUGCGGGCCCGCCCGGCUUGAACGGGAAACGACGAGGCGCGCCGCGAGAGUCUCGGAGCCGGGAGGAGCGGAACGGACAAGGGCGCUGCCCUGGCGUCUUUCUCUCCACGAUGUGGGAUGGGUUGAGGCGGGCUCCGCUGCUGAAACGACGGCGGAGGCGACGACGGCAAGCGAGGUAAACUGUAGCAGAGACCUUGAGGAUUACUUGUCAUCCUUCACUUUUGCCUUGAAACGCUGCUAAAAUGCACCAGAAAAUCCUUAAGAGCGCUCAUUACAUUGAGCUGGGAAGUUACCAGUACUGGCCAGUCUUGGUGCCUCGAGGGAUCCGCCUGUACACCUACGAACAGAUUCCAGUAUUCCUUAAGGACAAUCCUUACAUCACGGAUGGCUACAGGGCGUAUCUGCCUUCCAGGCUGUGUCUGAAAAGCUUGUUCAUUUUGUCCAAUGAGACGGUCAACAUCUGGAGUCACCUGCUGGGCUUCUUCCUGUUCUUCGUUUUGGGCAUCUACGACAUGACUUCUGUGUUGCCUUCAGCGAGUGCCUCGAGAGAAGAUUUUGUUAUUUGCUCCAUUUGUCUCUUCUGCUUCCAGGUCUGUAUGCUCUGCUCAGUAGGGUACCACCUUUUCUGCUGUCAUCGCUCAGAAAAAACGAGCCGACGGUGGAUGGCACUGGAUUAUGCAGGCAUUUCCAUAGGCAUCCUGGGCUGUUACGUGUCUGGAGUCUUUUAUGCAUUUUAUUGCAAUAACUACUGGCGUCAAGUGUACUUGAUCACCGUGCUUGCGAUGAUCUUAGCCGUCUUCUUUGCCCAGAUCCACCCGAGUUACCUCACUCAGCAGUGGCACAGGCUGCGCUCUGUCAUAUUCUUCUGUGUCUCGAGCUAUGGAAUCAUUCCGACCGUCCACUGGAUUUGGCUCAACGGAGGCAUCGGUGCAUCUAUCGUGCAGGAGUUUGCUCCACGGGUGAUUGUGAUGUACUUAAUAGCUGCUAUAGCGUUUCUCUUCUAUAUUUCCAAAGUCCCAGAACGAUAUUUCCCUGGAAACGCCAAGGAGAGCUACAUGCUGAUGCUGGAAGAGGCAUACAACUGUCUGCUGAACACUUAG